GUUUGCUUUCCAUGCGCGGAUAAAGGGCACUCCCGCCGCGAAGUUAGCCAUAAUAGAUAUCGCUUGAUUGCUAGCGGCGUCGGGAGUCCGCGAUGUGCAGAGUGAAUGAUCUGCGCAAUCCAUAAAAUGGACAGUUCUGUCCUUGCUGCUGAAACACAUUCUCUUGACCCAGCUCGAUUCGAGUCUCACCAGCAACAUAGAUCCAAUGGCGAGCAUACAACAACAACGCCGCGGUAAUACUUCGUAUAUCGACGGUGGCUUUGGAACAGAAAAGGGCUCAGAUGCCAUGUUUAUCACGCUGGAGGAUGGCUACUACACAGGCCUGGAAGGUCCGGACAAAGUCGCCCUGAUCUGCGAUCACCAGUCAUGGGGCUAUCUGGAGAACCUAGUUGGGCUCGUUCCGCAAGCUGGCUGUCUGACCUUGACCUACCGUCAGAUGAUGAGAGCCGCCAGAGACCUUGCGCUUGUGUGGCAAGAUUGUGGUAUCAAAAGAGGGGGCACCCUGCUCGCUUUCCUACCUGUCAGUGCGGAUUGGGCGCUCAGCUUCUGGGUAGCGAUCAUACUCGAUUUGACCUUCGUGCCAUUGAAUCCUAUGACCUUGAACAUCGACAGGUGGAGAGGACAUUCUUAUCCUCUGGAUCUACUCGAUCCCACAGUCGUUUUGGUUCCUACUCUCAGAGAAGCGAUCACCUUUGACGAGCUAUACCCGGAACUAAACAUCAUCGUAAAGAUCGUGUGUCAUGAGCAGAAAAGCUUCCUUCAUAAUGAUUGGACCAGUCUUGAGCCUCCGGCUACGGCACUGGCACGGGCUCGUCUGAUCGGCGGACAAAAGGACCUACCACCCCGACCACCCCGACCACCGUACCCGAGUGAUAACGAGGACCGUAAAGCAGUACUGCUGUUCAGCCAGAACAGUCCCGACCACCCAUUCAAAGGUUGCCCACUGAAAGCUUCGAACAUUCGUACAACGAUGGUCAUGAAGAACCCCUGUUCUUCCUCUCAUAAGAGCUUCUUGGUCACUUGCCCAUCUUCAAGCAGCGCAACUUUGGAUGCGGCAAUGCUAGCAUGGUACACUGGCGGGACUCUCGUCUUUCCAUCGGCCCUGUUCGAUGCACCCAAGACCCUCUCCUCUGUCGAGCUGCACAACUGCACAAACCUUGUCUGCACCCCCUCAAACUUGGAAGAAUUGAUCAAGGAUCCCUCGCGCUCUACUAGGAAGCUUGACUCUUUGGAGAGUUUGGUCGUGCAUGGGGGAGUCGUUAGUGCCAAUUUGUUGUAUCGAGGAAAAGAAGCAUUGCAGAGUGGAUGGGCUACGUCGUCAUUGACGAUGGCAGAAGGGCUUGGGGUGUUCGGCUGGUUUUCUUCGUGUACACGUCCCUAUGUGGGCUUGUCGGGCUACUCAGACAGCAUCGGUACGGUUUUGGAGGGCUCUUUGGCAAAGAUAUGUCACGUUGACAACAGAGACAACAUUGUGAGCCGAGGGCAGGAAGGUCUGCUUCACAUCGGUGGCGAGACGGUGAUAGAAAAGUACAUUGGCGACGUCGAAGGCGAACGUUUCUACCAGGAUUCGGAGGGUAAAAGCUGGUUCAUCACCAACUACUUGGCCACCAUAGAUCCAGAGGGGUUGGUUCGACUAACAUCAGAGUUCAAGGUAUGUUCCGACAUACUUCCAGAUGCUCCAUUGAUUGAGACAAGAAAUUCGCUGACCUUUUGGCUGCAACAGACAUACAAGCCUGAGGCCGCUGGAGCUGAUGUGAGUCCAUGAGGAAGAUUGGAAAGCGGCCAAGGUUUCGAGGAGGAACUAUGGAUGAUGGAUUGAUUCAGGACAAGACGUCAAGCUGCUAGGAGUUUGAAGAGACGAGGUGGAGCAGAGUGCGAGUCCUUGGUCAAAAAUUUGAGAUGCUGGAGCUAAGUAUGUCGAUGGUUGAAUCGAAUCAGCAAACUUGGAG